UUUGCAAGAUAGAGACAUAAUUACAGGUCCAGUAGUUUCCUAUUUUAAGGGGAAGGUGCACAAUAAAAAGUGUGCACUAUAUGCCCUAUAAAAAGUGUGGAUGUACAAUUGUUACCUCAAAGACCUAUUUCUACAUGAUCUUACCUUUAACAAUGACAUUAAAAAUGUUUUGGGGUGUCCUUUUUCUGGUACUUAAGAUUAAGAUCUGCACUAAAAGCUUACGGAGUACCCUGGUCGAUUAAAGUAUCUUCUGAACCUGUCCUCGUUAAGUCCUGAUUAGUUAAUUACCCACACCUGUCCUUGUAUCAUUAGCACCCCUUAAUAAGUUGCAUUCAGUUCAGUGUUUAUUGUCCGGUCUCAUUUAUUGUGCACAUGUUUUGUUGUUUUCUUUUAAGUUCAUUGUGGAUUAUAUUAAAGACUUUUGGAUUUCACCAUUAUCUUUGUACGAGUAUGUUCAUCCAACACAUGUCGUGACAGAGGUAUUGUGAGUAUAAUUUAUAAAUCGCUUGUGGUACAACAGCGAUUUAUAAAUUUGUCAGGAUUAUAGUCUUGUCUGUUCUGUUUUCCUUGUGUUUUUCCCCCAGUGUUUCUAGUACAUUUGGUUUGUUCCGUUUGCUCCCCCUUUUGGUUUAGCGUCCCCCCCCGUUAUCUCGUUUGUAACCACACCCCUGUUCCUUGUAUAUAAUGUUCAUUGUGCCUCACUCCCCUGGUCGGUGAUUAAGUGUUACUUCGGUUUGGUUUUUGUUCAGUGUGUUCAUUUUGUUUUCAUUAAAUAUUUGUUUAUUAUUUACUCCGGUUUCCUCCAAGUUCCUCUGGCUCAUCUCCUACGGCAGUUUGUGACAGAAUCACCGACCCAAACAGAAGAUGACCUGGGCUGAGGACCUCCUAUUAAACCUGCAACAAGUCAUGGUGGAUGAUGGUAAUCACUCUGCCACGCCAGAGUCUGCACGCAAGAUGGCUGCUGUUCCUGAGUCCCCGGCCAAGAUGGCCUCCGUUCCUGAGUUCCCAGCCAAGAUGGCCGCCAAGCCUGAGCCCCCGGACAAGAUGGUCGCCGCACCCGAGCCUCCGCUGGUUCCGCCCAGCCUCCCAGAGUCUCCGCUGGUUCCGCCCAGCCUCCCAGAGUCUCCGCUGGUUCCGCCCAGCCUCCCAGAGCCUCCGCUGGUUCCGCCCAGCCUCCCAGAGUCUCCGCUGGUUCCGCCCAGCCUCCCAGAGUCUGCGCCGCCAGAGCGCCCUCCAGUGACCGUGCCGCCAGAGCCUGCUCUUCCAGAGUCUCCGCUGGAGACGCCCAGCCGUCCAGAGCCCGCUCGCCCCGAGCGCCGUCCAGAGCCCGCUCCUCAAGAGCUUCCUCCAGAGCCCACGCCUCAAGAACACCUUCCUAUGGCCUGUGGCCCCCUAAGGGUCCCCAAGAAAAUUUUGGGGGGGGUGCUACUAUACCCUUGAACUGUCUGCACCGGCAUGGCCUCCCGAGCUCACUGACCCACCAUGGCCUCCUGAACUGUCCGCUCCGCCCGAGCUCACUGACCCGCCAUGGUCUCCUGGACUAUCUGCCCGGCCAUGGCCUCCUGAGCCCCCAGAUCCGCCAUGGCCUCCUGGACUGUCUGCCCGGCCAUGGCCUUCUGAGCCCCCAGACCCGCCAUGGCCUCCUGGACUAUCUGCCUGGCCAUGGCCUCCUGAGCCCCCAGACCUGCCAUGGCCUCCUGAACUGUGUGAUCCGCCAUGGCCCCCUGAGCUCCCUGAUCCGCCCUGGAGGCCGUCCCUGUAUCCUGUGUCCCUGCUUACCGGCCUCCAGGGGGCGCCCACCCUCCCUCCCCCUUUAGUUGGUAUACAGCGCGAGACGCGCCUUUUCGGAGGGGGGCGUUAAUGUCAGGAUUAUAGUCUUGUCUGUUCUGUUUUCCUUGUUUUUUUCCCCCAGUGUUUCUAGUACAUUUGGUUUGUUCCAUUUGCUCCCCCUUUUGAUUUAGUGUUUUUGGUUCAGUCUUGCCCAUAUUUGUAUUUUCCCCCCCCUUGUUAUCUCGUUUGUAAUCACACCCCUGUUCCUUGUAUAUAAUGUUCAUUGUGCCUCACUCCCCUGGUCGGUGAUUAAGUGUUACUUCGGUCUGGUUUUUGUUUAGUGUGUUCAUUUUGUUUUCAUUAAAUAUUUGUUUAUCAUUUACUCCGGUUUCCUCCAAGUUCCUCUGGCUCAUCUCCUACGGCAGUUUGUGACAAAAUUGUGGUACAACAGUAUUCAGACCUUCUGACCGAGGGUUUCUGGGAAAGAGAACUUAACACUGUGAUUGAUCGGGACACUGUCUGGGGAAAUUGUUUUACUACCUCUAAAACCCCAGCUCACUAAAUGAUUCAUUAUAAGUUAAUCUAUAAGGCAUAUGCCACUCCCUGUUUAUUAUAUAAAAUGAAAAGAAAGUCUGACCCCUUCUGUCACCUGUGUAAUAGCUCAAAUCAAGGUACAUAUAUACAUGUUCUGGGACUGUCCCCGAAUUGGUCCCUGGUACAGGACUUUUUGUCGGAUCUACUGAAGAUGCAGAUCCAAAAGGACCCACUGUUUUUUCUUUUGUUGGAUAAUUCGUCACUGUCACUAUCUGUCAGUCAAAAAAGCAUUAUGUCUGCUGCUCUUAUUGCUGCCAGAAAGGUUAUUCUAAGGAUCCAUCUACUCCAGUUAGAUCGACGUGGAUGUCAUACUUGCUGGACAUUGCCCUUUUGGAGCGUGCCACAGCCAAAAUACAUGGUGCCACUAGAAAGACAAUACAAUUUUGGUUGGACCUUGACACUUUAUCAGACCUCUUGAAAUCCUGAGAUGUAUGUGUUAUCACACUAAUAUUGUUCUGUACUGUAUUGUAUCCCAAGUUUUUAUUUUACUUUAUUUUAUUUUUUCUGUAUAUGGGCAGAUCUCGGGCUCUGCUGUAAAAAUCAAAAAUGUUUAAUAAAUAAAGAAUCAAAAAAAGGGAAGGUGUUUGCCAUUUUGUAUA